CAUCCACAUCCAAAAAAAAAGACACACACACACACACACACACUUGUCUCUGGUCUACUGUGUGUCUCUCUUCUCCGACCUCGCUUAAACACUAUCGUUGGUUCUAUCUCCAGAAUUCACCAUCCAUAAAGAGCCGACACAUGGACGCUUCGAUUCUACACUCCGACUCUCUCUCCCUCACACGCCUGUGCGUCACCACCACCACAGCAUCUGCUGUUUCCCUCACUCACCAGAUGCCCUGCCUUCUCUUUUCUACUCCUGGACGGAAACUUGUCUCGUUAUCCUCCAUUUCUUGGCCUCGCAGGUCUCCUUCCUUUAUAGCAGCUGCAAGUAGUGGCACCUUGAUGGCCAAUUCUCCAAAAAGUGGGGUAUAUACAGUUGGUGAUUUUAUGACAAGGAAAGAGGAUUUGCAUGUGGUAAAACCGACAACAACUGUAAAUGAAGCACUGGAGACUCUUGUAGAACGUAGAAUUACUGGUUUUCCUGUGAUUGAUGAUGAUUGGAAACUGGUUGGUCUUGUGUCAGAUUAUGACUUGUUAGCAUUGGACUCCAUAUCAGGUGGUGGAAGAACCGAAACUAACAUGUUUCCUGAAGUCGACAGCACUUGGAAAACUUUCAACGAGGUACAAAUGUUGCUCAAUAAAACCAAUGGGAAGGUUGUUGGUGACUUGAUGACACCAGCACCAGUUGUUGUUCGUGAAACCACCAAUCUUGAGGAUUCUGUAAGAUUAUUACUUGAGACAAAAUACCGUAGACUUCCAGUUGUGGAUGCCAACGGCAAGCUUGUUGGAAUUAUCACAAGAGGAAAUGUUGUAAGAGCUGCUUUGCAUAUAAAACAUGCCAUGGAAAGGAAAGCGUAGUAUCCCCGUAUUUUUUUUUCAAGGAAAAAUGCAGCAGUCAACAUGGCAAGCUGGGUCUGAUUGGUUUAUGCGAGCUGUUUUGAGCUCGGCAACAAAAGAAGCUGGCUGCUUUAUACAUACAAUUUUGGCUCGUGUUUGUAUCACAUCAUUUUCUACUUUUCCUAGUAUAGUAAGAGUUAUAGUUACAAGGAUUAGUGGCGACAGGAGCCAAUAAUGGUUCAUCUCAAGACGCUAGUAUGAUCAUGAUGGUGGUUUCUUCAGAUUUAUGAUGUUAUAAGCUACUAGCAGAUAUUUGUCUGCCCGUCCUUGCGAUGCAUUAAAUCUGGACGGUGAUUAAAUUGAAAGUGAUAAUGACUGCUCUA